GCCCCCGCGCGCCCCCCGAAUUCGUCCCCCGCCGCGGAAUCCGGCCGCCGCCGCCGCCGCCGCCGCCUCCCGGGGGGGUGGUUCUGGUGUUGCAUGGUUUUGUCGUUCUUCGAGGAGCUGCGAUGGGCGGGCAAGAGAAAUCCUCCUCGAACUCGAAUUCGAUGCAGCGUGUUAAAGUAUAUCAACUGAAUGAUGAAGGGAAAUGGGAUGACCAUGGUACUGGGCACGUCACCGUCGACUACUUAGAGAGGUCAGAAGAUCUGGGUAUAUUUGUGUAUGAUGAAGACAAUGAAACAUUGCUUCUGCAUCGUAUCAGCUCGGAGGACAUUUAUAGGAAGCAAGAAGAUUCCAUCAUCUCAUGGAGAGACCCUGAAUACGCUACUGAAUUGGCCCUUAGCUUUCAGGAGACAUCUGGUUGCUCCUACAUAUGGGAUCAUAUCUGUAAUGUACAGAGGAAUAUGCAUUUUAGCAGUCUUAACAACAAUACGUUUCAUAGUGUCAAUAGCGAGUUGAGGGAGUUGCCGCCUGUUGAGCUAUCCACUCUUCCUCUAAUACACAAGACCGUGUAUGAAGGCCGGGUUACUGAUAAGAUGCAGCUGAUAGAUCUUAUUCUGAAUGAUCUAGAGUUUCUCCGGAAGCUAAUGCAUUUAUUCAGACUUUGUGAAGACUUGGAAAACCUCAGUGAUCUUCAGAUGAUUUGUAGAAUAGUCAAAGGGAUAAUUUUACUCAACAGCCCUCAGAUCUUUGAGAAAAUUUUUGGAGAUGAGCUGAUUAUGGACAUUAUUGGCUCCCUUGAGUAUGAUCCUGAGGUUCCUCAUGUCCAACAGCAUCGCAAUUUUUUGAAAGAACAUGUGGUAUUCAAGGAGGCAAUUCCAAUUAGAGAUCCACUUGUCCUAUCGAAGAUACACCAGACAUAUAGAGUUGGUUAUUUGAAGGAUGUUGUUUUGGCUAGAAUGUUGGAUGACACAAUUAUUGCAAACCUCAAUUCCAUCAUCCAUGCAAAUAAUGCCAUUGUUGUUUCUUUGUUAAAGGAUGACAGUACCUUUAUUCAGGAACUGUUUGCAAGGUUAAAAUCUCCGAUAACCCCUUCAGAGUCGAAGAAAAAUUUGGUGUAUUUCUUGCACGACUUUUGUAGUUUAAGCAAGAGCUUACAAAUGGUCCAGCAGCUCCGGCUUUUCAGGGAUCUUGUGAGUGAGGGCAUUUUUGACAUCAUUGCUGAUGCUUUGCAGAGUGAGGACAAUAGGCUUAUACUAACUGGGACAGAUAUUAUUAUUCUUUUUAUGAAUCAAGACCCAAAUCUUUUGCGUUCGUAUGUUGUACGCCCAGAAGGAGCUUUGCUUUUGGGACUUCUGGUUAAAGGAAUGGUGACAGAUUUUGGUGAUGACAUGCAUUGCCAGUUUCUUGAAAUUCUUCGAAGUUUGCUGGACUCAUAUACUUUAUCAGGAGGACAGAGGGACAGUGUGAUCGAGAUUUUCUAUGAGAAGCAUCUGGGGCAGUUAAUUGAUGUCAUUGUAGCGUCUUGCCCCUCUGUCACGUCUCAUUCAUCGAGAAAAGAAAUGGGUUCUGGAAGAGUCAAAACUCAGCAGAGAACGAAGCCUGAAGUACUGUCAAACAUAUGUGAAUUGCUUUGCUUUUGCGUUCUGCACCAUCCAUAUAGGAUAAAAUGUAACUUUCUUCUUAAUAAUGUGGCAGAUAAGGUUUUGUUGCUGAUGCAAAGAAGAGAAAAGUACCUUGUAGUUGCUGCUGUCCGUUUUUUUCGUACUAUCCUCUCCCGUCACGAUGAGCAUAUCAUAAGCCAUAUAGUUAGGAACAACCUUCUCAAACCAAUUGUGGAUGCUUUUGUGAGAAAUGGUGAUCGUUACAACCUGCUAAAUUCUGCAGUCUUAGAACUUCUUGAGCACAUCCGCAAGGAAAAUCUGAAACCGUUGCUUAAACACAUAGUUGAUUCGUUUUGGAACGAAUUGGUUAAGUUUGAGCACCUGCCUUGUAUCCAGUCUUUCAAAGUCAAGUAUGAGCAGUGCUUGGAGAAUGGUGGAACGAGAGGCCCUGUUAACGUGUCAGAUCCCCGGAAAAGAAUAGAUGAGCGCGCUUUGGAGAAAGAGGAGGAGGACUAUUUUAACGAAGACAGUGAUGAAGAAGAUACAGCAUCAGCGUCUGCGUCUCAAUCUCGGAAGGUACAAGCACAGCCUGCUCUAUCCAAUGGAGUUUCAGCAAGCCAUCAAUCAUUAAGUCCAAAAACUGCUGGGCUGGUUGAUUACGAAGACGAUGAAGAUGACGAAGACUAUAGACCACCGCCUAAGAGACAGAAAGAUAACCCAGAUGAUGAGGAAGCGACCAUGGAUUCCUUCAGGUUGAAGAGAAAACUGGCUCCUAAGGAUAAGGAGCCCGAUAUAUCCAAGAGGCCACGGCUGAACAAAAACCCCAAAUCAAAAGACUCUGUGUUUGCAGCUUUGUGUUCAACACUAAGUCAAGCAGUGCUACCGAGUAAGAAGACUGCAAGCAUCAUGCAUAGUUCUUCACAGGCUGGGGAUGGAGACAAGGAUGCCCAUGAACAAAAUCACAAGGAGUUCUCUCCUACAAGAGGCUCUUCAGAUAGUAGCAGUUCAGAUGAUGAGACCCACAAGGAGAAGGAAUCUGCCAGUCCUCGGAGCUGUUCGGAGUGCGUACAAAGCACCUCGGAUAAUAGGCAGUUGGGGACCGAGGACACCUCAUUGGUACAGCCAAAAUCAUCACCGGAGAUGGCUGUGAAUGGAUCCUAGCUCACAUUUAGUCUUUGAAGUGAGAAUAUCUUAUCAUUCAUUCGACUAUGGAGCUGCAACAAGGCAAAAUCGGCCCCAGAGUUGUCAAGCAGCAUCGGCCAAGAAUACCAAAAGAGAGGGUAUAUACAGAACACGGUUUUGAUCUCUCCGGUUGAUGUUGGAACAGAUGCUGUUUUCGUUACGCGGUGCAAGAGGGGGAGGGGACGACCUACGUGGUUAUGUGGUGAAUCACCUGUCUUACCUACGUGUUGCGUUGGCUAUGUACUUGUUGCUUCUAUAAAAUACUCGGGCAAUUGUUUCCCUUCCUCCGAACGUUUUUUUUCGCGAUUUCCCUCUGUAUUUUGCCCUGUGGUGCGAACAUGCAAUGUGGUUGGGGCAUUGAUAUAAGCUCUGAUUUUGUAGCAUUUCUUUUAUUUUCCCCCCUUUUUUUCCAGUUUCAGUGGUGGGGUAUGAUAAUCUAGGGUUGGCUUAGAGGAAUUGGGUUGAGAGGUUGGAGCUUUUUCCGCGCCUUUCUGUUGUUUCCCUCCCAUGGCAAGAGCUCAAAAGUUUUCUCAUUAUAGUCUUUACAUUCUUAUUCAUGAACUUGAUGUAAAUUGUAAUUUGGAAUUGGUCCUCUCUUAAGAAAAUUUUGAUAGCACUUUUCCAUCUAA